AGAGUGAAUGACCACAGUUGGUCUUGAUAGGUCAGAGGUGGCGUUAUCACACUACGUCAGCUCAGUCCAGCUAUAAAUGGCCAAGCCAUCUGUGGGUCAUCACAAUCUCAACCCAAUUCUCUUGAGGACUACAAGCAAGAAAAGACUGAAAAGAUGAAACUGUACCUGGCUGCAGCCGUGCUGAUGCUUGUACUUGCUGUACACACAGAGGCCCAGGAUGAGCCCACACUGGAGCAGCGUUUCGCCACUUUCCAGACCCAGGUGAAGGAGAUUGCAGAGGACCUGACAGAGAAGACCAAGACCACCUUUCAACAGUUGGAUCAGAGCGAGUUUGCUACUAAAACCAAGAGCUGGUUUAGUGAGCAGUAUGAGAAGAUGAAGCAGAAGAUGUCUGAAACCUUCCAAUAAAAUAAAAAACAAUGACCAUACCCUUCAUCUCUGCAACCCUGCAAUUACUCUGUCAUAUGAUAUCACCCCCACCCUGUUGUGCCAACUGGUGCAUUUGUUACAGUUUAAAACGACUUCAAACUGUGAUGAUCUGCUUGUCAUUUGUGUAAUCUGUAAUGUAUCUUACAAUUUUGUAGGAUGCUGCUAAAUAUUAUGGAAACAUUUGAAAUCUAAAAAUUCAUUCUGAAUUUUUUUUUCAAAACAAUAAACAGUGAAAAAAGAA